UCCGUGACCCGGAAGUGUCGCUGAAGGAGAAGUUGAUGAUAACAACGCAGCUAACCAGACAUUCUCGCUAUUAGAACGGUGACAAGAAAGGGCACAAAUCUCUCUCUCUCUCUCUCUCUAGGCUCUUGUCACUCUGGGGACUCUUGGAGCUUCUCUCUCUCUGUGUGUGUGUGUGUGUGUGUGUGUGUGUGUGUGUGUGUGAGAGAGAGAGAGUGAAAGAGAGGAAAAAGUCAGUGUGUAUUCUCUGCACCUCCUUGGAGGAUGACCAUGGAAGAGAUGAGGCUUGAAACCGAGACAAACUCCAUGGUCUCCAUGACGCUUUACGCUGUCAUGUAUCCAGUUUUUAACGAGCUGGAGAGGAUCAACUUGUCAGCUGCCCAGACACUGAGGGCAGCCUUCAUCAAGGCAGAGAGGGAGAACCCAGGCCUAACUCAGGACAUCAUAAUGAAAAUUCUGGAGAAGAAAAACGUUCAGAUAAACUACACAGAGUCUCUGCUGCGCAUGGCUGCAGAUGACGUGGAAGAGUUCUUAGUGGACAGGCCAGAGCAGGAGUUCCAGGACCUAAAUGAGAAAUCCAGAGCUCUGAAACACAUCCUCAGUAAGAUACCUGACGAGAUCAACGACAGGGUACGCUUCCUACAGACAAUUAAAGACAUCGCCAGUGCUAUAAAGGAACUCCUGGAUACAGUCAAUAACGUCUUUAAGAAAUACCACUACCAGAACCGUAGGGGCGAUCAACGUGUUCAUCAGUGCGAACAGACUGAUCCACCAAACCAACCUCAUUCUGCAGACCUUCAAGACCGUCAUAUAGGUACAAUAGGGGCUUGCCUUGGAGAGGCCAUCCAAUCUUCCAACAAAGCAACAUUAAAAAUGGCAUAUGAUCGGAGAGCACCUUCUACCAGAUUUAAAUGUACAAUAGAGGCUUGUUUUGACCGGACAGUUUUAAUUUAUACCCUUGAGGUGUGUUCAACAAGGCUGAUGUUAGCAGUGAAAUACAUCAGCUUUUAAACUGUUAGCUAACGUUAGUGAAUGUUUUAAUGGCCAAAAUCUAGCUGAAGAACUUCAGCAUAUGUGAUAGCUUUUUUAGUUAUCCCUAGCUACUGUUUAAUUGUGUGAAUCAGCAUUUUAAAGUUUUGGGACAGUCUUGUUCAUCAGGCUGUGACGAUAACAGUAUGACAAUAUUUUUUUCAAUUUUUCUUUGGUCCUAUAAAAACUUGCUGUAUGUAAAAUAUUCUGUGCUAUAUCUUAGAAAUUAAAUAAAUGUGACAAGAAUGAUAUUUGUUUCUAAAAUUAGGGCUGUUUAUCUAAAGAUGUAAAAUGAGCUUUUUGUUUCUUGCCAUGUUAUUAAUGAUACUGGUAUAUUCCUGGCCCUACUUGUUGAACACACACCUGGUCUUGUUAGAAGUAGAGGAGACGAGGCAUUUGUCAGACUAAUUGCCAUUUUUGAUAAUAUAUAUUCAUGUGAUUACUUUACAUUAGGCUCAAGGUAGAAGUUGCCCCUAACCACAUAUCUAGGAUCAGAUUACCUUUCCCCAAUCCUAACUUUACCUGUUACCUGUUUUGUUGUUUUGACUGUGUACUCUAGCAUUUUGGAUUUGAAAUGAUACAAUGACUAUGAGGUUAAAGUGCAGACUGUUGGCUUUAAUUCGAGGGUAUUUUCAUCCAUAUAGGGUGAAUUGUUUAUAAAUUACAGCAUUUUCUGUACGUAGUCCUCUCAUUUUAGGGGACCAAAAGUAUUUCAUACAAAUUCACUUGUGUAUUAAAGUAGUAAAAAGUAUUUGGUCCCAUAUUCAUAUCACACAAUGACUACAUCAAGCUUGUGACUACACAUUUGUUGAAUGCAUUUGCUGUUUGUUUUGGUUGUUUUAGAUUAUUUUGUGCCCAAUAGAAAUCAAUGGUAAAUAUUGUAUUGUCAUUUUGUAGUGAGUUUUAGUGUAAAUAAGAAUAAAAUGUUUCUAAACUCUUCUACAUUAAUAUGGAUGCUACCAUGAUUAUGGAUAAUCCUGAAUAAAUUGUGAAUAAUGAUAUGAGAAAGUUAGACACAAAUAUCACCCCCCCUCCCUAAAAUAUGCUAACGUCCCCUGUUAUUGUAAUGGUAAGAGGUUAGCAUGUUUUAGGGGUAUGAUAUUUGUGCAUCUAACUUUCUCACUCAUCAUUAUUCACGAUGCAUUCAGAAUUAUCCAUAAUCAUGGUAGCAUCCACAUCGAUGUAGAAGUGUAUUCUAUGACAGUCUGCACUUUAAUCUCAUAGUCGUUGUAUAAUUUCAAAUCCAAAGGGCUGCAGUACAGAGCCAAAAUGACAACGUCAGCAGAAAUUCACUGUUCCAAUACUUUUUGAGCUCACUGUGUCUGACCCUGUGUCAGUGUUUAGGGGCAAUUUAGCCUCUUAAUCAUGCUUUCAGAACGGAAAUGGCUUUCACUACCUACUGUGCAUCUCAAGUGUCUCCCUCUCUUAAGAGAAAGCAAUAUGAUGUUCUAACCCUACUGGGUAUGACCUUUCACCUGUCCAGUCUUUACAGAGUAGUGCAGAGGAAGGGAGCGGUGUGAGGAGAGGAAACCUUGUUUGAUUAUUGAGAUGCACCCGUAUUCUACUCUCUAUUAGAAGACAGAAAACCAAAAGACUUCGGGGUAGGGGCGGACUAGGGAGGGAUCGAUUUGGGAUUCACAAAGUAACAUUCCCACACUGUCUGUGUGUGUAGCUACAGAGAGCAUGACUGAGGAGAGAGGAGGGUUUGUAAAAGGAGUCUGUCCCUGAUGUUUAAAGAUGAAGGGAUAGAAACCGCUCCAGGUUGAAGCUGUCUAUAUUUAACUGAUACUGUAUGUCUGGUGGCAAAUGUUCAAUAAAUCAUUUCCUAAUUA